CACUGAGAAUGAGGCCCCAAACUCAGCACCCCGCUUUCCCUUUUCUGCUUUCCCUGUCUCUUCCAUUUCAAGCUUCUUCUCUUUUAACUUCCAAUGGCGAUGGCUAAGUUCGCCGCUGUCCUGCUCUUGGCUCUCAUUGCGUUUUCCAUGCUUCAAACCACUGUCAUGGCUGGCAAUGGACGUGGUGGUCGAAGCAGGAACCCAUACGGACCAGGGAGCGUCAAAAUCUUCCAAUGCCCAAAUCGGUGCGCCACUCGGUGCGGGAGGACACAAUACCACAAACCAUGCAUGUUCUUCUGCCAAAAGUGCUGCAGGAAGUGCUUGUGUGUGCCCCCUGGCUACUACGGAAACAAAGCCGUGUGCCCUUGCUACAACAACUGGAAGACCAAGGAAGGAGGACCCAAAUGCCCUUAAAAAACCAAUUCAUUAAUUUCCAUAUCCAUAUCCAUUUCCAUUUCAAUUUCCUCUGUUACUUUACUUACUUUUCCCUUUGCAUUUUCCCGCUAACUCCAUCUCAUUUGUGUCCCCUUCAACAAAAUGGGGCUCUGUUAUGUUUCUGUCAUUGUCCUCUGUUGGAGAUGGGAAGAAACAGAGAGAAGAAUGAAGAAAUUUGUGACAGAUUAGUGGGGACGUUUUGUUUUAAACUACCUUCCAAAGUGAUUAGUGGGUUUGGAUUAUUUAUAAUAUAAUAUAUGAGCAAUGAAUGAAACAUCUUGUUUCUAUUUACAUA